AUGCAGACCGCCAUGCGCGCCACCAUGGGCACCACCCUGCGCAGCGCCGUCCCCACCGCUGGACGGGGCACCCGCCAGGUCACCAGGGCCGCCGCCGAGUUCUACGGCCCCAACCGCGUGAAGUGGCUGGGACCCUUCUCCGGCGACUCCACCCCUGACUACCUGAAGGGCGAGUACCCCGGUGACUACGGCUGGGACACCGCCGGUCUGUCCGCCGACCCCGAGACCUUUGCCCGCUACCGCGAGCUUGAGGUGAUCCACGCCCGCUGGGCCCUGCUGGGCGCCCUGGGCAUCAUCACCCCCGAGCUGCUGGAGCGCAACGGCGCCGCCUCCUUCGGCGAGGCCGUUUGGUUCAAGGCCGGCUCCCAGAUCUUCCAGUCCGGCGGCCUGGACUACCUGGGCAACCCCUCCCUGGUGCACGCCCAGUCCAUCGUGGCCACCCUCAUCUCCCAGGUCAUUCUCAUGGGCCUGGUGGAGGGCUACCGCGUGAACGGCGGGCCCGCCGGCGAAGGCCUGGACCCCCUGUACCCCGGUGAGGCCUUCGACCCCCUGGGCCUGGCCGACGACCCCGACGCGCUGGCGGAGCUGAAGGUGAAGGAGCUGAAGAACGGCCGUCUGGCCAUGUUUGCCAACUUUGGUUUCUUCGUCCAGGCCAUCGUCACCGGCAAGGGACCCCUGGAGAACCUGAGCGACCACCUGGCCGACCCCUGGACCAACAACGGCUUCGCGGCUGCCACCAAGUUCACCCCCUAG